GGCAAUGAACAACUCCUACUAAUGGCCGGAUUGUUCUCCAUCAGUAAGAACCGCGAUCUCUUCUCCUACACGGUGAUAACUACAGAUGCCGUAAAUGAAGUCGCCUCUAUCCACAAUCGUAUGCCGGUUAUAUUUUCGAACUUCGAUGAUGCAAUUCGAUGGGUACAGGGAGACCUUGCAUCUGCGGGUGAGGUGCGUUCUUUUCUUGCCGAAAUGAUUGCAAAACUUCCCCGCAUGGACUUGCUCGUGUAUCCAGUUACCCCAAGGGUCAAUUCCUCCUUCUUUGAUGAUCCGGCGUGUAUCCAACCGCAAGAGGUCAUGCCCCGCAUCAGCACUAAGUUGAAGACUCCCCCUUCAAAGACACUGGAUGCCUUCAUGAUAAUCUCGCCGAGGGUCGGUGCCGUGGUGGUCAAGAAAGAGGAAGAUGAAUCUUUCAAACAUUCUAAGCUGAAAACUCCUCCGUCAAAGACACUGGAUGCCUUCAUGAGCAUCUCGCCGAAGGUCGGUGCCGUGGUGGUCAAGAAAGGGGAACGGGAAUCUUUCAAACAGUCGCCGCCACAGUCAUUUGGCGAAUUAUUUCAUGCGCGUAAACGAUCCUUCUCGGAGAAUGACUCGAAUACUCCACCGAAGCACAUAAAAUCCGAGUACGACUCGAUUUGGAAUUACCUUUGA